GACUGGAUCAGACUUGUGUGUCGGAUGGAAAGGAAAUGUGUCAACAAAUUAUACAAUGUAUUAUAGACAAGACAGAGGAUACUGUUCAGAUAAGUACCAACAGUGCACAGCAAAUAAGUCAGAGAACGAAUUUUUCGAAUGCUGCCCACAAAAUCUUCAUCCAGUUGCUCAAAUUUACGUGAAGAUAAAUUAUGAAAACAAAUAUAUGCAUGUGAACGGUAUAUUAUACUGGUUGAAAGCUCAGACUAUAGCCAUACCCAAUCCACUCAAGAGUUUCACCUAUCAGCUUCUAGAUGAUACAACGGUUCAGUUUAUGUUUGAGGAUCCUGAAGAUUGGAAUUUUGAUUCAUUCUCCUUAUUGGAUAAACGAAUUUGUCAAAGAUCACCACCUGUUGAAAACGGUGCAAAAUGCAAAACUAAAACGUUUCAGUACCCACCAAAUUCAUGGACAAUAUCUGGACUCAGUUAUGAUACACAAUACAUUUAUACGGCUCAAUGUUACCAUAUUGAAGGCAGAUGGAGUGAAGAAAAAAGUAUCACAUUCAACACUGGAAGGGACAUUCCGGUUUAUGCAAAUUCGUCAACAACACCUAAAACAACUAAGAAUCCGCCAGUUCAGAAUAAGCCAAAUCGUGAGGCUCAGCAAUAUCAGUCAAGUAAAGUUUCAUUACAAGCCAUGAUCCUGGCAGCUGCAGGAUUUGUUGUCGCAGCAACGAUUGCCAUUCUCUUCAGAGCUUGUCGGUGGGCGUCCAAGAAAUUGUUUUGGGAAAUUCCAGAACCGAAUAUUCCUCCUAUUAUUAAAUAUCAUCGUGUUGAUUUUAGGGUUCCACAUAUUGUAGUAGAAACAGAAGUGUUCGACGAGCUCAGAACAAGGAAUGAAAAAUUGUCUGUAAGCUGGAACAAGGAUGUAGACAGUGGUAAGGCAACAUCCGAAGGCACCCCGGAUGAAAGCAGCUUCAUUGAAAAGUAUACUCCAUUACAACUGCUGAACGACCAAGUCUCGGCCAAUCGCAUGCACACACACCGAGGCCUCAUAACCGAAAGUUCUGAUGAUAGUGAUGAAGACUGUGUGGGAAGUAACCAUGGUAAUGGAGUUGGCAUUGGUGAAGUUUCAUUUCUGAAUUUAAUUUAUGAGAAUAAAUUAUUGUUGAAUGAAAACAUGGGAAGGAAAUUACACAUGUAUGUUAAUGAUGACUGUAGUGAUGAUGAUUAUGAUGAUGAUGAUGAUGAUGAUGAUGAUGAUGAUGAUGAUGAUGAUGAUGAUGAUGAUGGUGGUGGCGGUGAUGAUGGUGGUGAUGAUGAUCAUGAUAAUGAUGAUGAAGUAGAUGAUAAUGAUGACGAUGAUAAUGACGCUGACGGAGACGUAAGCAGAGACGCCGGCUUCGGAGAUUAUGCCAACGAUGAUGCCAAGGAUGACAACAAUCAGAACACUCAGUAUUGAUGAUAACAAACAAGGUACAUAAUCUCAACUUAGCUGCCAAUGAAGUGUCAAUACAACAUAAGAACUAAAUAACAGGGCUAAGAUUUUUGGCGUGCAUACGCUGUUUGUUUUGUGGGACGUUAGCAACAAUAUCCCAUGUAUUUACUUUAGCUAAGGAAAUGAGAUUGACAACUAUGGGGAAUUAAAUGGUCUGAUUUCAAUCAUGGAGAUCAGCUUUUGCCGUUUACAAAAUAGGCAUUUUUUUUUUCUUAACUUUGAUAGUGCAACAUAGGCUACAUACGAACUAUUUUGAUAUAAGUACAGUAUACUUAUUUAUUGGAUAUUAAAUAUAUAAUUAUAAUGCAUGUUAAGUAUGUAAAAACAGGUGACUGGUCUGUGACAAGUGUUUAUUGCUUAGAAUUGAUGUUCAUUUGCAAUAAAAGUUACCUAAUAUAAUUAUGUGUUUAGCAUGGUGGGUUUUUUGUUUUUGUUUUUUAGUAUUCGCUUUUUUAAAACCAUAUUAACCAUAUUAACACACUUGAAACCAAUUAUUUA